AUGGCGUCGCCUUCGUUUUCUGGGCAGAAGCGCAAGGUCGCUGACAUGAGCUCCGAUGAAGAAAACACGCGCCCGACUACCGGCUUUCGGGGGUUUGCCAGAGCCGCCUCUCGCUCUGUGACACCCCCCACUAUGGGUGGACUAGGUAGCGGGGCCUACAAUAACCGAAACAACAUGGCCAACCCUCGAGGCGGAGGAUCAUCACGAGGUGGGAAAGGCAUAGGAGGUGGCGGUGGAGGGGGAGGAGCCAACAGUUUUGCCGCGCGCAUGAUGGCAAAGAUGGGCUACAAGGAAGGACAAGGUCUCGGAACUACUGGCCAAGGUAUUGUCAACCCGAUUGAGGUACAAGCACGGCCCCAGGGUGCAGGCUUGGGCGCAGUGAGUGAGAAGUCAAAAAAGACUCGCGAGGAAGAGCGACGAGCAGCUGCACAGAAGGGCGAGAUUCUCGAAGACAGCUCCGAGGACGAACGGCAACGGCGGCGAAAGAAGAAGGAAGAGCGCAAGGCACAAGGUCGAAGCGGCACAGGUACACCAAUCCAGCGUGCGAAGCCUAAGUUCCGCACAGCGCGUGAAAUUGAAGACGAUAUGGAAGGACUGGAAGUUCCGAAUGUCCUCAAAUCACUUGUCGACGCUACCGGCAAAGAGCAGCGUGUUCUCACUUCCACUGCUGGCCUGAUGUCCACAAAACAAUUCGUCAGUCAAGAGGAAGGGGAAGCGUUAAAGAUAGCCCAGCGAGCUCGGAAUGACCUGGAAGCUUUUGCGGAUGAAUGGAAGGGGCUGAAAGAGAGAAAACAAUACAUUGAACUUGAAGAGGCUCAGGUCGUGGACGAACUGGAUGCAUAUCAAUCCCGGAUCAAUCACCUUACAGGCCUUAUCGCCGCAGUGGAAGAAUUAGACAUCUUUGAAAACGACGAGAGCGUCACGGCCAAAGUUGAUGAGUUGACGAAUAAGCUUGAAGAUAUGGAAAUCAAAUAUCGGGAUGCUGUUGAUAAGCACCGACUCCCAGAGACCGCAGUCGCGGCUCUACAUCCGUUAUUCCGCCAGGCCAUGGAGGAAUGGGAACCUCUUCAAGAUCCCACGUUCCUCGUUUCCAAUCUCACCCGUCUUCAGCCUCUUCUGUCUCGCACGAACGAGUUAGAUGAGCCCCGAAAACGGGCCUCCACUUCACCUUACGAAACGAUGAUCUAUACCCUAUGGCUCCCACGAGUGCGCUCAGCGCUCCUGAAUGAUUGGGACGUCUACGAUCCGUCUAAGGCAACCGCGCUGGUCGUGGCCUGGAAGGCGAUUGUACCGCCAUUUGUGUAUGCAAACGUUCUCGACCAAUUGGUCAUUCCCAAGGUGGGCCUGGCCCUCAAAAAUUGGAAACCUCGAGCUAGCCGACGACAUGCCGGCUCCGAGCAGGAUGGAAAGUUCCCCUGGUGGCUUUUCACUUGGCUUCAAUACUUGGAUGAACGACACACAAACCCGAAACAGCCCACUGGUCUCAUGUCUGACGCGAAGAGAAAGUUCCGCUCGGUACUCGACACAUGGAGUCUACGCAAAGGCUUGGUUGAUCGCAUUGAGAUCUGGCGGGAUGCACUAGGAUCCGAAUUCGAUGUAUGCCUACGCAACCAUUUGCUGCCACGUCUUGCGCGCCAUCUUCGCGAAGAGUUCACCGUGAACCCGCAGGACCAAGAUCUCACAGCGCUGAAGGAUGUCUUAUGCUGGAAGGUAUUCUUCCAGCCGAAUGUCAUAGGAUUAUUGCUAGUCUCUGAUUUCUUCCCCAAAUGGCACGAGAUUCUCUACAUCUGGCUCACCAACGAUCCCAACUACGAAGAGGUCGGAGCUUGGUUCUCUUGGUGGCGCACUCAGAUUCCGGCGGAGGUCAACGAGCUUACCAUUAUCGACGAGGAAUGGAACAAGGGUUUGCAAACUAUGGACCUUGCCCUGCAGCUAGGCGACCGUGCCGCUGCCGAACUCCCACGCCCAACUACGGUACGAGCGGCGCUUCCUACCCGGGAAGAUAAGGUGGCGGCAGCGGCUGCUCCCAAACCCCUGGUUAAGGCACCAGUCGUGGAAGAAGUUGCGUUCAAGGACAUACUGGAGGGUUGGUGCUUGGAGCAGGGACUCAUCAUGCUACCCUUGCGCGAGGCUCAUCCACAAAACGGACAGCCGCUAUUCCGUAUCACGGCCAGUGCUACAGGCAAGGGUGGAGUCGUGGCCUUUGUCCAAGGAGAUGUCGUUUGGGUGCAAAACAAAAAGGCGAAGGAGAUCUGGGAGCCAAUGGGAUUGGAGGAUCAGCUGGUAGAGCGUGCGGAGGGCCGAUAA